UGUCUGAGAUCACGCGAUCAGCAAUUUGAGGAUCAGAGAAUGGUUACAGACAGCAAGAGCCUGCUAAUCCGUUGGUUCUCGAAUCCCGUGGUGCAUCCCUCCUCGCUAUGGACCAGGCCUACAUUGACUUCUUCGCCGAAUCCAAGGCCUAGCUUUAUCAUCGUCACCGAUCAACUAACUAAAUUAAUUACAGGUCGCAGUCCCAACGCCUCCGGCCUCUCCCCUUGUGCGCCGCCCCCGGAGCCCGCAGCAGCCUGCCGUGGCCCCGUGUUUCUCCGGACCCCACUCGUCAUUAAAACAUACGGGAAGAUUACAACCCUGCUACACGCACACGCGGCUCUACACGGAAAAAUGGAAGUCCUAGAAACCAACACAGGCAAAGGCAAUCGAGCAGAGUCAGAGUCAGAGCCCUCUCUGAAGGCUCGAGCUGGAAGCCAGAAGCUAAUUAAUGGUGGAAAGCCAGUCCCCUUUCCGGCGCCGCCCUCUCCUCCUCCUCCGCUGCCGCCGCGCCUCCCGAUGCCCUCGCGCCAGCCCCCUCUUCCGGCCCCCUCCGCCUCCGCGCCGCCCCCGGCCGCCGCGCUCCUCCAGCAGCAGCACCGCCACCACCAACGCCACCUCGCCGCGAAGGCCGCGGCGAUCGUUGCGGUCGCGCUCGUGGUCGCCCUCGUGGCCGCGCUGUGGUGGCGGAGGAGGAGAAAGCGGGAGGAGGCGGAGCCAGAGGGGACCAAGGGGACCCUGCGGCGCCUGUCGUACCGGCAGCUGAGGCGCGCCACGGCCGGUUUCGCCGCGGGGAAAAAGCUCGGGCAGGGAGGGUUCGGGCCCGUCUUCCGCGGCGCUCUCUCCCCGGAGAAGGGCCGCGGAGGCAGAGGAAGGGAGCGUCCCGUCGCCGUCAAGGUCAUGGACGCCGCGGGCUCCCUCCAGGGCGAGCGCGAGUUCCACAACGAGAUCGCAGUCGCCUCCCACCUCAUGAGCUCCGUCUCCUCCUCAUCCGCCGAGGAGGCGCUCUGCUCCAACGUCCUGCUUCCGUUCGCUUACUCGAUGCCGGCGCGCGGGGGAGAGGCGCGGCGGCCACGCCGGAUGAUGCUUGUCUACGACCUCAUGCCCAACGGGUCGCUGCAGGACGCGCUGCUGGGGACGGGGUCGCGCCGCCGCCCGGACCUCGUGGCGGAAUGGCCGCGCCGGCUCGCCGUUGCGCGGGACGUGGCCGCCGCGCUCUGCUACCUCCACUCCGUCGUCAAGCCGCCGGUCGUGCACGGGGACGUCAAGGCCAGCAACGUCCUGCUCGACGCAGACCUCAGGGCCCGCCUUGCUGAUUUUGGCCUCGCCCGUUUCAGUUCCGACCCUGACCCCGAAGGCAACCCGGAGAGCGGGCUGAUUGCUGAAGGUGAUGACGGUGAUGCGAAUGGGCAUCCUGAUGGUGGAUGUGAUGAUGACGUCUCGGUGGUGGCAGAGAGCACGGUAACGACCAUAGUGAACUGGGAGGGGAAUGUUGCACCCAAGUCGCUGGAGGAUGAUGAGGGUUUUACAUCUGCAUCGCCGGCAGAGGCUGCAUCCACUUCUGGGUUUGAUAAGACCAGCGUUGACAGUGGUAUGAACAGCCGGAGCUGCAAUGGUGGCUCAUGUACUGGUGGCGCCACCACAUCAGGCACUGGGAAUGACUGGUGGUGGCGGCAGGACAAUGGUGCACCAAAUAGCGGUGUUAAGGACUAUGUCAUGGAGUGGAUUAGAUCGGAGAUAAAAAAGGAACGCCCCAAGGGUGAUUGGAUUGCAGGGACAGCUGUAACCAAUCCAGUUGCCGAGAGGAAGAAGUCGAAGCGAAGGGCACGAGAAUGGUGGCGUGAGGAUUAUGUUGAUGAGCUCGCCAAGAAGCAGAAACGGCGGGCACUUGCCAAAUCAAAGAGCCAGCAGGUUGGGUUGCAAUGGUGGGAAAGGGAUAUUGAUGAUGAUUUGGAUGAGAAGGGGCAGUCAAAGUGGAAUUUGGUAAAGAGCUGGAGCCGGAGGAGCAGCAAUAGCACCAGUAAUGGCAAUGGCAGCAUUAACUGGUGGGUAAAUGGUGCAAGAAGCAGCCGUGACUGGGCAAGCGGAGAAUUAAUUCCCAAGAGUGGUGGUACAGUGAGCAGCACGCCGAGCAUGCGCGGCACGGUGUGCUAUGUGGCUCCAGAGUAUGGUGGCGGAGGCCCUUUAUCGGAGAAAUGUGACAUCUACAGCUACGGGGUCCUAUUACUUGUUCUUAUUUCCGGUCGCCGGCCAUUGCAGGUAAUGGCGUCACCCAUGUCGGAGUUUGAGAAGGCAAGCCUUAUAUCAUGGGCCAGGCACCUUGCACGUGCCAGCCGCUUGCUUGAUCUAGUUGACCCUGCCCUGUGUGAUGUUAACCGUGACGAGGCACUGCUCUGCAUUACGGUUGCACUGCUCUGCAUCCAGAGGUCUCCAGCUCGUCGCCCAUCGAGUGAGGAAGUGCUCCAGAUGCUCUCUUGUGAGGGAGAACUCCCAAACCUCCCACUGGAGUUCUCACCAUCACCACCUGGUGGCUUCCCUUUCAAGUCCCGGAGAAAUGUUCGGUGAGUUUGUUUAGGUUCUUGCUUAGGUGCAAAAGGUAGCAUUAACCUUAUGCCUUUAUGUAUGCUACCUCAUGUAUACCUUCGUAGUUUAUCUUCUUUUUCACUUACUAGUAUAAAAAUCUCACUAGAUGUGAAAAAGGUAAUGGAAAUCUCAAUUCACAUUUGAAAAGAACUAAGGGAAAUGGAGGUGACUUUAGUGACCCUAUGGAGUGGGGAGUAUGCGUUCUAUGCUGAUAUGUCGUGUGACAUCUUUUUGUUGGACACACCUAGAAGGUAGUGCUUUAUGGACCCACACGAAUUUGGUGGGUGGUGUUGUCUCGUCCUCUCCUGAAAAUCCAUUAUGUUGAGCUACUAUGCCUACUUGUAUGGUGGAUUCAAGCUUUUGCUGUUCUGAUU